UGCUGGUGGUUUGGUGGUCAGCAAUAACACCGUGACAGCAACCGUCGAGAUGUAUGGAUGCAUGCAAAGACGAAGGUGCCCUUACCACAUUUGGUGCUUUUGCUGCCAGCCCUCAGCUGCCAUGUGUUUGUUUACUUUUAUCGUUAUUUUCACACAAUGUACACGUACACAUUCGGUGCCUCCCAUCACGAGAGGACCUGCAUUUCCAUGAUAUGCAGGUCGCAUCCAUCAAAACUGCGUGUGGCUAGCCGUGCCAGUGCUGCCCAAGUGAUGCCGUGGUAGCCGCAGAGACACGUACGCGCUAUCAGUGCGGAUCGCUUUUGAUAGCUCGUGAUCCCCCCGAUAUCCAUUUGUGGACAUCAGGCGCGAUUAUGCACGAGCAGUCUUGUGAGAAAAAACUGAUGAGAAAUAUUUUUUUUUGAC